UUUCCUUUUCUGGUGAGGCUUUUGAACCUGUCGCCGAGGCAGUGCCUUGGAGAGAAUGUCGUGCAGUGAGACGCGAGGGAUGCGGGGCGCCUGCCCCCAGUUAGAUGCUCUUCAGAUAACAUGCAACCAAGCUCGCUGAUAAAAUAUUUAGUGAAGACCUCUUAAACGUCACUGCGAGUACAGUAAGGCACUUCAAUCCGACAGCUUAUGAUUAUUUCAAAACUUAAAAAGAUCAUAGGUUCUCACUGUUCUGUGCUCACCCAAGAAACCGAACCUUCCGGAGGUCGGUGGAUGGGUGAGUGAGUUGCUGCUUUUCGCCCCCACUUCUCCCUCUUCCCGCCCACUUUCAUCGCUCUGACUCUCGGCAGCAGUGAUUUAUUUACUUAGGAAUUUAAAAGGUGUAUGUUGGGGUGGGGGUCGCCGAGGACACACAGGACUGGCUCAGGUGUUGUGUGCUUCUGUAUUAACUGGAAAAGACAGAUUCUGGAACUUUUACAGGGCGAGAAGAGGCCACCAGCUCGCGCUUUGUAUACUUUGCACUUGAAAUCGUUACAUUCAACUGAAUAUUUGGCUCAUUCAGAUCCGAAGUCUCCUAGCAUCGUCAAAUUCCCUCCUCCGCCCCUCAGCUCGAAAGGAGGAAUGGGGUGGGGGGUAGGAAAAUGGUUAGUAAAUCGCACGUCUUUGAAUCUUCCUAAAGCAGUGGUCACAGAGCUUAAAGGUGACACAACAGUGCUCACAUAAAACCAACACACAUUCCCCACCCCCCACCCCAAGUCAACAAUAAAAUCAUCCCCUUCAAUUUGCCAUGAUCAUCGCGACCAGGAGCCAGGUGAUUAUCCUAAUUAAUGUCUAUCUAAUUAAAUUACUGUCAGCAGUUAACCAAUGGCAGGAGCCGUUUCAUCGGCUGCACAAGCAGCAAGAUCAAAAGUGAGCGAGCCUUUUCUGAUUGCUGCAUAGUGUCAAUUGGCCAAUCUCUUCUCCCAGGAGAAAAAAAAAAAAGUAAAUCAAACCUUUGGGAAGCAUUCGCUGGAUGAAGUGCUUUCUGCCUACUGAGGGGGUCUGUGGAUUUCUAGUUUAUGAUAAAUAGGACUUUAAAAAUCAGGGACAGGAGGGCGAGUGUUCAGGUUCUAGAGCUAUGCAGCUGGAGCACUGCCUUUCUCCUUCUAUCAUGCUCUCCAAGAAAUUUCUCAAUGUGAGCAGCAGCUACCCACAUUCAGGCGGAUCUGAGCUUGUCUUGCACGAUCAUCCCAUUAUCUCGACGACUGACAACCUGGAGAGAAGUUCACCUUUGAAAAAAAUUACCAGGGGGAUGACGAAUCAGUCAGAUACAGACAAUUUUCCUGACUCCAAGGACUCACCAGGGGACGUCCAGAGAAGUAAACUCUCUCCUGUCUUGGAGGGGGUCUCUGAGCUUCGUCACAGUUUCGAUGGCUCUGCUGCAGAUCGCUACCUCCUCUCUCAGUCUAGCCAGCCACAGUCUGCGGCCACUGCUCCCAGUGCCAUGUUCCCGUACCCCGGCCAGCACGGACCCGCGCACCCCGCCUUCUCCAUUGGCAGCCCCAGCCGCUACAUGGCCCACCACCCAGUCAUCACCAACGGAGCCUACAACAGCCUCCUGUCCAACUCCUCACCGCAGGGCUACCCCGCGGCCGGCUACCCCUACCCACAGCAGUACGGCCACUCCUACCAAGGAGCCCCGUUCUACCAGUUCUCCUCCACGCAGCCCGGGCUCGUGCCCGGCAAAGCGCAGGUGUACCUGUGCAACAGGCCCCUUUGGCUGAAAUUUCACCGGCACCAAACGGAGAUGAUCAUCACCAAACAGGGAAGGCGCAUGUUUCCUUUUUUAAGUUUUAACAUUUCUGGUCUCGAUCCCACGGCUCAUUACAAUAUUUUUGUGGAUGUGAUUUUGGCGGAUCCCAAUCACUGGAGGUUUCAAGGAGGCAAAUGGGUUCCUUGCGGCAAAGCGGACACCAAUGUGCAAGGAAAUCGGGUCUAUAUGCAUCCGGAUUCCCCCAACACGGGGGCUCACUGGAUGCGCCAAGAAAUCUCUUUUGGAAAAUUAAAACUUACAAACAACAAAGGAGCUUCAAACAACAACGGGCAGGUCAGUGGCUCAAGCGCUAUUCUCACUUUCCCGGAAACGCAGUUCAUCGCGGUCACCGCCUACCAGAACACGGACAUUACACAACUGAAGAUAGACCACAACCCCUUUGCAAAAGGAUUUCGGGAUAAUUAUGACACGAUCUACACGGGCUGCGACAUGGACCGCCUGACCCCCUCGCCCAACGACUCCCCGCGCUCGCAGAUCGUGCCUGGAGCGCGCUACGCCAUGGCCGGCUCCUUCCUGCAGGACCAGUUCGUCAGCAACUACGCCAAGGCCCAGGAAGGAGAUCCAGGAAAGAGGUGGAAAACGGCUCAACAUUCUUGCUUAGUCGGGGCCAGUUCCAGGUUACAGGACUACAUUUACCUUCACCUAGAGAUCGUCCUGUCUCAAUUUCACUAUUUGUCAUGCAAAGAAGGCUUCAAAGUUGCAGUGGAAAUGAAAAUUAGAGCGGGGAGCGAAACCGAUUUGCCUUCCCUGGACAGUUUCGCCACUAGACGGCGUCCCGCGGAGUGCUGUCUGCUAUCUAGAAACGCGACGACUGAUUUUCCUUUGUGCUUUCCUCCCUUCCCACACCUAAGAACCAAACAGGAGGACGGAAAGUAUAAAGCGUGGCUAGUGGGUGACGCCGGGCAGUGUAUUCUUGUGAUCCCCCCUCUGGGGCUGCGCUCCUGCGACCUCGGGCCCAGGGGGCGCACGUGCGGUGGGGAGGGCGCCUGGGCCCAGGCCCGAGCGCGUGGGGCGCGUGGGAUCCCAGCGCGGCCUGGCCCGCCGCCCCCGGACCACAGGCACCGCGAGCAAAGGAGUCGGUGCCCUGAGCGCAAGGGAAGCUCUGAGGAGCCGAGCCUCGAUUUCACAGGCACGUAG